AUGAAAUCAACAUCACAUGAGGCUAUACGCAAGCCUCUCAUACCAUCAUCAUUCAUUAGAUUGGCGCGGCCAUUUGCAAUCAAAAAUGGUAUUCACUACUCCAAAUCUAAUUCAAUGGAUGAAUUAAGAGCUCGUUUUCAAUCAGCAGAUGUUAAUCAUUCUGGAAAAUUGUCAUCUCAUGAAUUGAAGAGAGUGUUAGAUAGUGAUUUUGGCAGUGAAAUUCCAAAAGAACGUUUUGAUGAAUUUUUGAGGGAUUUAGAUCUGAAUGACGAUCAAGAAUGGAGUAUUGAUGAACUUGUUCAGAUUUUCUCUUCAUAA